GCCGUUUGGUACGAAUACAACUCGUCCUAACAGAAGCUCGAUCUCUGGUGACUGAGAUAUGCUCUGGCGACGACGAGUGCGACAUGACCGCUGAUCAAUGGAACAAAGAUAUUCCUCUGGUUCUGAUGGUCCUUGGCGAGAUGCUCACAAGCUACACAACCCGAUUGUUGCUAGAUCUAAAAGAAGUCCGGAUCCGAGGCUGGCAUUUCGAUGGGAACAGGGGUUGGGGUCAAACCAGUGCAGUCUUGAAGACAAUGGAAGAAAGAUGGAGCUUAGACACGGUCCGCAUGCUUCAUGGCUCACUAAGUAGCCAUGCAACAGCACAGCUAUAUGCUCUGCGCUUGACAGAUUCGAUGACACCGCAACAACCCACCCCGGCUCUGGAUGGUCAGAGAGAGGGAUACCAUCAGGCACACAGCGACACCUGCCAUCUUGGACGCAAUGAAGAGCUUGUUGGGCUGGAUCAAAGAAAACUGGUUGACAUCAUCGAAAGAGGCAAGAUCCCACUGGCCAAGUACUCUGCUUCAUCAGGCCAGAUCGAAAUUCUCGAAUUUGAACCAGGCACAAGGUAUGCCAUAAUCUCCCACGUGUGGGCGGAUGGGUAUGGCAACCCAAACGAGAACAAGAUUCACAAAUGCGUACUCGAUUUCUUCAAUCAACUGUUUCUGGAUGCUCAACGCCUACUCCGACGAAAUGAGCCGGAUCCUGCGCUCCCAUUCUGGAUCGACACUUUGACGAUCCCCGUCAACAAUCCCGUUCAACGAAAGCGAGCAAUCAAAACAAUGCAUCACGCGUACACUAAUGCAGACUUCAUGGUGGUUCUCGACUCGGGUCUCGCAAAGAUUGAGUCCGGGAGGUCCUACGCAGAAACAGCAAUGAAGAUCUUCACAAGCCGUUGGAUGGGCAGACUCUGGACUCUACAAGAGGCGUACUUGAGCAAGAAACUCAUCUUUCGAUUCAACAGCAACGAACUUGUGGAUAUGGAUCAACUCGAGGCCAACUUCUUUACAAGCCAAACCCUUGCGGAUUCAAUGGUGGCGGGAAAAGCUCGCAAGUACUUUGACCGUUUGCUUGGCUGGCAAAGGCAGAAAAGGAUCUACGGUGCGCCCCUGUAUGACAGUGUCUUGCUUGCCUCCGUCUGGGAAGCUGUGCAAUGGCGCACAACAAGCCUUGUCGUUCACGAGACACAAGCCCUGGCCACCCUGUUCGAGGUUGAAGUUGACUUCCCUGAUGAUUUCGACCACGGCUCCUGCGGUCCGCAAUGUGGUGAGGCGCCGGACGGCGAGUGCAGAGACAACCUUGACAGGAGAAUGAAAUGCUUCCUGGAAUCGCUCUACGAUGCCUACCCGAACUCCAUCCCUCCCGGGAUAAUCUUUGUGCCUGGUCGGAGAUUGGCCGUCGAGGGCUUUGGGUGGGCUCCAUGCACUUGGAUGGUUGGGCAGAAUGUCGGCCAUGACGAUCCUAUCUUCAACCAUGCCACUGCGGCUGAGUUGACUUUGAAUGGUCUGCUUGUCCGGUACCCAGGCUUUUAUCUUCGAUCGUCUGAAAACCGCACGUACGAUGCCGCGGAGAACAAAUUCGCCUUUCCCUGUGACAUCCUUCUCCUAGAAUGGUACUGCGUUCAGUCCUGUGACGAUAAGACAGCACCGAUGCCGAAGGAAGAUGGACUCGCUAUUAUAUCUUCGAGAGAAGAAGUCAGAGAUGAUAAAUCAAUAGCUCUUCUCGUUUCUGUGAAGAAGACUCGCCGUCCCAAGCUUUACGUCGAGAUUCUACAGCGGGUUUGGAUCUGGAGGGAGAGAGAUCAGGCCAAGAUCGAGGAACUCAGAAUGUCGUUCUGGGAACACAAAUUUGGCGUUUGUGAAUAUGGCGAGAUCUUGAAUAGUGACCAGCAGUGGUGCAUAGGGAAGCAUAGGUGGAAUCCUGUAAGACCAGGCGAAGUUGGCCGUACCUCUAGUACUAUGAGUGCCUUUUGAAGCUGGGGGAUGCCUCAGUUGGAUGCCACCCUCAGCGGGCGGCCGAGCUGGUCGGGGAUAAUAUGCCUACUUAUGAAAACGUUAUUUCUUAUUUGAAAGUAUAUCAAAUCUUCUUUACUUCAGCUAUCAAGAGGUUAGG